CACAUGUCAUUCAGGCUUGUUCUCACAGUUGUCGUGGCAAUACAGCUGGAGACAUUUCAGUGACUUGCUGACAAACAUGGAGCUUCUGUCCAUUUCCUGGUCUUUCUUGCAGCUGUUUAAUAGCACAACUGUCAUUGCUGUCUUCUUAAGUGUUUUUGCUCUGCUCUUUGACUUCAUGAAGAGAAGAAAAGUGUGGAGCAGGUAUCCUCCAGGUCCAUGGGGUCUGCCUUUUGUUGGAAACUUGUUUCAGAUUGGUCUGCGGGAAAAACAUUUGCGUGUAACUGAGUUAAGUAAAAAAUAUGGAAAUUUAUACAGUCUUCAGCUUGGUUGGAUCCAUGCAGUGGUGGUAAAUGGAUAUGAUGCCUUGAAGGAACUCCUAAUCAAGAAAUCUGAGGAUUGUGCAGAUCGUCCUUAUCGCCCUCUUAAUGAAAUUUUAGGACUUACAGAUAAGAAAGAAGGGGUUGUAUCUGCUCGAUAUGGAAGAUCAUGGAAAGAGCAAAGAAGGUUUACACUUUCAACCUUGAGGAAUUUUGGAUUAGGGAAGAAAUCAUUAGAGGAAAGGAUUAUCGAGGAAGCUGGAUUUUUAUGCAAUGAAUUCCGUGCAAUAAAUGGUCAUCCUUUUGAUCCAGAUGUUAUACUAAACAAUGCUGUAGCAAAUGUAAUCUGCUCCAUUAUAUUUGGUAAUCGGUUUCAGUAUGGUGACAAAACAUUUCUAGAACUUAUGCAUCUCUUUGAAGAAAACCUAAUUGAGUUCUCUGGCUUCUGGGGUCAGAUGCUGAAUGCAAUCCCCUGGGCUGUUCGUUUUCCUGGACCUCAUCAAAAAAUUGUUAAAGUUCAAAGAAGAACUGAAGAAUUAUUGUCAGUUUUCAUCAACAAACACAAGGAAACAUAUAAUCCCUCUGAGAAAAGAGAUUUUAUCGAUGCUUUCUUAGCAGAAAUGGAAAAGGCUAAAGAUGACCCAGAUACAAGCUUCAGUGAAGAGAAUUUAAUGUUUACAACUCUGGAUGUGUUUCUCGCAGGCACAGAAACCACUUCUACAACAUUGCGUUGGGCUUUACUUUUCAUGGUGCUUUAUCCAGAUAUACAGAAUAAAAUCCAUGACGAAAUCGAAAAGGUGAUUGGAAAAGAGAAAAAUAUUAAGACUGAAGACAGAGUGAACUUGCCCUUUACAGAUGCAGUUAUCCACGAAGUUCAGCGAUAUGCUGAUAUUGUUCCAACUGGGCUACCUCGACAGAUGAUACGAGAUGUAGAUAUUAUGGGGUACUGCAUUCCCAAGGGAACAAUGAUUCUGCCAAACCUAUCUUCUGUUCUGAAAGAUGAGACAAUUUGGGAAAAGCCGCAUGAAUUUUACCCAGAGCAUUUUCUGGACUCCAAUGAAAAGUUUAAAAAACGAGAUGCCUUCUUGCCUUUUGCAGCAGGUCAUCGUAUAUGUCUAGGAGAACAGUUAGCACGAACAAAGCUUUUCAUCUUCUUCGCAGCUAUGAUGCAACAUUUCACCUUUCACCUUCCAGAUGGUGAACCAAAACCAAGCACCAAUGGAUCUUAUAUGGUUAUCUUGAAACCUUGUCCCUUCAAGAUCUGUGCAAAACUAAGAUAAUCGUUUAUUACAUAUGUAAUAUUCAUAAUGAUAUAUAUAGCAGAGCAGGUACCCUUUAAUAAAUAAAGGUUACUAGAGGUAUUACCAUGUUUAAAUAAUAAUGUUCAACAAUGAAAAAGCUAUUUUACUAACAGCAUGAUGACUAGGGCUGUGAAGAACAUUUAUACCAGAAUAUAAAAACAUUUAAACAUGAUUGAUUUGAAUAAGUUCUUCUGAAAGGAAAGAAUAUUGGCAAAGUCAACUUUACAACCUAUGAACCUAUGAACCUAUGAACAUGAGUUGCUGUCUAGGAAUGUUGUGAUAAUCACUGAGCUCACUUGGAAAAUGAUACUGACUCAAUUAAAUAAAGGAAUGUGAAAUCCUC